GUCCAGUGGGCGUGCCUUGUGUUGGUCUGGAGAGACAACAGCGACAGUCCGCAGUGAUUAUUGGUGCUUACUUGGUCGUCUGGCUCGGGACGCGAAAAUGAAAUCGUAUCUGCUGAUAAUUCGAACUCAAUUUAAGCUUGCUGAAUUGCUAGCACUUAGUAACUUUAUAGUCAUGGGUUGUUGCUAUCAGAUGAGUGGUGAUGAGAUGAACCCAGCAGCAGUGGCCCAGGCAGUGGAGGAUGUACAGGGAGAUGACCGCUGGAUGUCCCAGCACACACGGUUUGUUCAGGAGUGUAAGGACGCGGAGCCGGAGGUGCUGUUUAUAGGAGACUCCAUGGUCCAGCUAAUGCAGCAGUACGAGAUCUGGCUGGAGCUUUUCUCUCCUCUGCACGCGCUCAACUUUGGAAUCGGGGGAGACACCACCUGUAACGUGCUGUGGAGGCUGCAGAAUGGAGAACUGGACAACAUCAGGCCCAAGGUGACGGUGGUGUGGGUAGGAACCAACAAUCACGAGCACUCGGCAGAGCAAGUUGCAGGGGGAAUCCUUGCCAUCGCACAGCUGCUCACCUCCAGUCUUCCUAAGACUAAGGUUGUUGUUCUGGGUCUGUUGGCACGGGGCGAGCGGCCCAACCCGCUGCGGGAGAAGAACGCGGCGGUGAACGGCUUCCUGCACUCCUGGCUGCCGCGGCUGGGCCAGGCCCAGUUCCUGGACGUGGGGGCGGGCUUUGUGCACUCUGACGGGACCAUCUCCACCCGGGACAUGUUUGACUUCCUGCACCUGACGGCGGCGGGCUACCGGGCCAUCGCCAAGCCCCUCAGUGACCUACUGCUGCAGAUACUGGAGGAGACGCCUGAGGAGAAGAGGGCCUCACUGGUCUGAGGGCCACACCCCAGGGGCCACACACCCACACAGCCAGGGACAUGCUUCACUGACUGACUCACUCACUCCCUCUGCUGGGGAGUAGCUGAAAGUAGCCCCAAACCACUAUUCUAGGAUCUGGUCCUAGAUCUGUGGUUAGGGUCAACUUCUACCUGGAGUCUCUACUGGGGACAGGGAACAGGGGAGGGGGGAUAGUCAGGGGUGAGGCAUGUUCCUGUCUAUGGGGAAGGGGUCAGAUCAAGAUAUGUCACUGACAUGAGGGGGCUGGGCCAGGCAGAGAGAAUGGGCUCUCAUGUGAGUGAAACUGCAGGAGGGAGGGUGCAUGGGAUCAUGUGCAUGUGUGCGGGGAGACAGGGUUGAUGGUGUGGAGAGGUGAAAGAGAGGGUCGACACAACUUCCAGAGAUAUACGUACAUGCUGUAGCAGCAACAGUAGCACUUGGAGUCAGAGAGAGAUCUGAUAGUGGGAGGAUAGAGAGAUGGGACAUUUCUGAAGGACACCUACACAAGCAUUAUAGAGAGGCCAAUGGCACACAUGCAUAGACCCCAAAAGAAACAGACACUGUAGUAGACACAAAAAUUUCAGCUUUGCCAAAUGAAAUGUAAAGUAGCUUCCUACUCGGGCACAGCUUAGCAGCACAGUAAUAAGCACUCCUAUACGUUCUCUCUCAGAAAUUAGUUUGAGUUUGCGCCAUAUGCCCCAACAGACCUUUUAAAAGCUCUUAACCACCAUCUGAGGACCAACUGUGACAUCUUCUCUCCUCCCCCCUCUCUCUGCCUUGACACACACAACAGUGAAGUCAAGCUAUCCACCCAUAAUGGCCUUAUGCCAUACACACACUGUCAGACACUGGCUCUCUCUCCCUCUCUUACACAUAGAAAAAGACUCCAAUCCCUGCACUCUUUCUCUCUCUCUCCUACAGACUCAAAUACCUGCUCAUUGUCUCUCGCCCACUCUUCACUUCUGUCCUUAUUGUGUCUUGAUGUGUGUAGUAUACAGAACCUCUGCCCAGCCCUGGCCACACCACCCCCGCCCAGCCCUGGCCACACCACCCCCACCCAGCCCUGGCCACACCCCCACCUGCCUCCUAACACAUGACAUUGUCGCAGGACGACUUAAACAGUAGCAUCAUGAUAAAGCUACUGACACAUAACUACAUUGAUUAAUUACUAGUCUACUGCACUAAAAACCCAACCACAGGUCGCAUAGAGAAUGUCAUGUGUUUGUGACCUUUGAACCCUUUUUUGUUUCCUCCUGUUGAACUGAAGUGGUUACAGAGGUCCUCUUGCUGAGCAUCGGCUGCUCUCAUGUUACAACCGUCUACACGUAUUCUUCUUGUGCUAUGUUGAUAUACAUCUCUGUUAGUGUAUAAGCGUUUGUUUGUGUGUGUGUGUGUGAACCUACAACAGCUGGAGGUGAGAAGUGUGUAUGUCAUUUAUGUUUGAGUCUGUGCAUUGGUUGUAUGACUGUUUACAAAUGGCCCAUUUGUAUAUAAUAUAUAUAUAUAUGUGUGUGUGUGUGUGUGAAGCUUGGAUAGAUGGCCUUGUGUUGCAAAUGUGGUAGUGUUUGUAAGAGAAUGAACAUUAGUGAGCGUCUGUAUUUGGUGCAAACCGUGCACUAUAUCUAGCUUGUCACAUGCUGAAAAGACAGUGCAUUCCAAUAAAGGACCAUGGAUGUA